CUGGUUCUUUGGGCCUCCAAACAUCACAGCAAUAACAAUUCACACCUUCAUUGAAGCCACUCCCACAACAAAUCACCAAUAAAUUCUGUGAAUAUUCCCAUCAUCCUACAAGAUAAGUUCUUCAGACCAGCAGGAAGAUCUCCAGGUGUAACACCUGAAAUCUGUGUGAUAUAAUAUGGAAAAGAUGGAGUUUGUUAAAGAGGAGAAAGAAGACAUGAGUUAUCUAGAGCCAUACGACAUAAAACAUGAAGAUACUGAGCAACAAAUAGACUUCAUAAAAGUGAAAGAAGAAAGCCAAGAACUGAAUGAAGUGGUGGAGGAACAUCAGGAUCAGAAGCCUUGUCAUUUCUUAAGUGGAGAAACACAAAACCAAACUCAAACAACAGAGGACAAAAACUCUUUCACCUGCUCUCAGUGUGGAAAUAGUUUUACACAUAAACACACACUUGAGAUGCAUUUAAGAAUUCACACUGGAGAGAAACCUUUCACAUGUACUCAGUGUGGCAAGAGUUUUGCACGUAAAGAUACUCUAAAUAACCACACACGAACUCACACUGGCGAAAAACCUUUUACAUGCCCUGAGUGUGGCAAUAAUUUUUCAAGGUUAAACUGUUUGAAAGCUCAUGAGAAAACACACACUGGUAUUAAAGAUAAUUUCUGUUCUGAGUGUGGAAAGGGCUUCAUUGCAACCAGCGACUUGAAAAAGCACCAGAGGAUUCAUACUGGAGAAAAACCUUACAAGUGCUCACAUUGUGACCAGUGCUUCGCUUGGUCAGGAAACUUGAAAACACAUGAGAGAGUUCAUACUGGAGAGAAACCGUACAAGUGCUCUCAAUGUGAUAAAAGUUUUGCUCAGUCAGGAUACCUGAAAACACACGAGAGAGUUCAUACUGGAGAAAAACCGUACAAGUGCUCACAUUGUGACAAAACUUUUGCUCAGUCAGGACCAAUGAAAAAACAUCAGAGAAUUCAUACGGGUAGAAACCGAACCAGUGCAGUGUAUGUAGGAGGAGUUUUACCCGAUUGCAGAGUGAUGAUUGAGUGUUUGAAGCAGCAGGGAACUUCACACUGCUGCAGUGAUCGGUUUCAGAUCUGUGUGAAGAUAGUGGCCAGCUGGUUAGCACAGGAUUUAAGAGUAGCAGACUUCAUAAAAGUGAAAGAAGAAAGCCAAGAACUGAAUGAAGUGGUGGAGGAACAUCAGGAUCAGAAGCCUCGUCAUUUCUUAAGUGGAGAAACACAAAACCAAACUCAAACAACAGAGGACAAAAACUCUUUCACCUGCUCUCAGUGUGGAAAUAGUUUUACACGUAAACACACACUUGAGAUGCACUUGAGAAUUCACACUGGAGAGAAACCUUUCACAUGUACUCAGUGUGGCAUGAGUUUUGCACGUAAAGAUACUCUAAAUAACCACACACGAACUCACACUGGCGAAAAACCUUUUACAUGCCCUGAGUGUGGCAAUAAUUUUUCAAGGUUAAACUGUUUGAAAGCUCAUGAGAAAACACACACUGGUAUUAAAGAUAAUUUCUGUUCUGAGUGUGGAAAGGGCUUCACUGCAACCAGCGACUUGAAAAAGCACCAGAGAAUUCAUUCUGGAGAAAAACCUUACAAGUGCUCACAUUGUGACCAGUGCUUCGCUUGGUCAGGAAACCUGAAAACACAUGAGAGAGUUCAUACUGGAGAGAAACCGUACAAGUGCUCACAAUGUGAUAAAAGUUUUGCUCAGUCAGGAUACCUGAAAACACAUGAGAGAUUUCAUACUGGAGAAAAACCAUAUAAGUGCUCUCAAUGUGACAAAACUUUUGCUCAGUCAGGACAAAUGAAAAAACAUCAGAGAAUUCAUACGGUUAAGCAGGAUAAUGAGACACACCUGUUGUUCAUCACCCUUGAUUGGCUCAGCCUAGGAAUGGAGAAUUUCAUAAAAGUGAAAGAAGAAAGCCAACGACUGAAUGAAGUGGUGGAGGAACAACAGUAUCAGAAGCCGCCUCAUUUCUUAAGUGGAGAAAAAUCAACUUCAAGGGACAAAAACUCUUUCACCUGCUCUCAGUGUGGAAAGAGUUUUUCAAACUUCAUAAAAGUGAAAGAAGAAAGCCAAGAACUGAAUGAAGUGGUGGAGGAACAUCAGGAUCAGAAGCCUCAUUUCUUAAGUGGAGAAACACAAAACCAAACUCAAACAACAGAGGACAAAAACUCUUUCACCUGCACUCAGUGUGGAAAGAGUUUUACACGUAAUUUACAUCUUAAAACACACUUAAGAAUUCACACUGGAGAAAAACCUUUCACGUGUACUCAGUGUGGCAAGAGUUUUGCACGUAAACAUGCUCUAAAUAACCACACACUAACUCACUCUGGAGAAAAACCUUUUACCUGCCAUGAGUGUGGAAAGAGUUUUUUGAGGUUAAACUGUUUGAAAGAUCAUGAGAAAACACACACUGGUGUUAAAGAGUUCUGUUCUUAUUGUGGCAAAAGUUUUUUAUUGGUGAAGCAUUUGAAAGCUCAUGAGAAAACACACACUGGUGUUAAAGAUCAUGUGUGCUCUGAGUGUGGAAAGGGCUUCACUGCAACUGGCGACUUGAAAAGACACCAGAGAGUUCAUACUGGAGAAAAACCGUACAAGUGCUCACAUUGUGACAAAAGUUUCGUUCAGUCAGGAACACUGAAAACACAUCAGAGAAUUCAUACCGGAGAGAAACCGUACAAGUGCUCUCAAUGUGACAAAAGUUUUGCUCAGUCAGCAUACCUGAAAACACAUGAGAGAGUUCAUACUGGAGAGAAACCGUACAAGUGCUCUCAAUGUGACAAAAGUUUUGCUCAGUCAGCAUACCUGAAAACACAUGAGAGAGUUCAUACUGGAGAGAAACCGUACAAGUGCUCUCAAUGUGACAAAAGUUUUGCUCAGUCAGGACCAUUGAAAAAACAUCAGAGAGUUCAUACUGGAAAGAAACCGAACCAGAUGGAGUUUGUUAAAGAGGAGAAAGAAGACAUGAGUUAUCUAGAGCCAUACAACAUAAAAUAUGAAGAUACUGAGGAACAAAUAGACUUCAUAAAAGUGAAAGAAGAAACCCAAGAACUGAAUGAAGCGGUGGAGGAACAUCAGUAUCAGAAGCCUCAUCAUUUCUUAAGUGGAGAAAAAUCGUUUUUUAGUUGUGCAGAUACUGAAAAUAAUUUCUCACAAAACAAAACUCAAACAACAGUGGACAAAAACUCUUUCACCUGCACUCAGUGUGGAAAUAGUUUUAAACGUAAAGACACACUUGAGAUGCACUUGAGAAUUCACACUGGAGAGAAACCUUUUACAUGUACUCAGUGUGGAAAGAGUUUUGCACGUAAACAUGCUCUAAAAAACCACGCACGAACUCACACUGGAGAAAAACCUUUUACAUGCCAUGAGUGUGGAAAGAGUUUUUUGUGGUUGAACUGUUUGAAAGCUCAUGAGAAAACACACACUGGUGUUAAAGAGUUCUGUUCUUAUUGUGGCAAGAGUUAUUCAUUGCUGAAGCAUUUGAAAGCUCAUGAGAAAACACACACUGGUGUUAAAGAUCAUGUGUGCUCUGAGUGUGGAAAGGGCUUCACUGCAACCGGCGACUUGAAAAGACACCAGAGAAUUCAUACUGGAGAGAAACCGUACAAGUGCUCUCAAUGUGACAAAAGUUUUGCUCAGUUAGGAUACCUGAAAGCACAUGAGAGAGUUCAUACUGGAGAGAAACCGUACAAGUGCUCUCAAUGUGACAAAAGUUUUGCUCAGUUAGGAUACCUGAAAGCACAUGAGAGAGUUCAUACUGGAGAGAAACCGUACAAGUGCUCUCAAUGUGACAAAAGUUUUGCUCAGACAGGACCAUUGAAAAAACAUCAGAGAGUUCACAUGGAUAGAAACCGAACCAGUGCAGUCUAUGUGGGAGGAGUUUUUCCCGAUUGCAGUAUCUAAUUAUUCACAAAUAAAAGCAAUGUUCAGUAAGCAAAGGUCAUAAGGAAUAACGUGAGAUUUAGGUUUAUUAAAAAUAGGAAUCAUCCAAUCUAAAAAGUUUGCAUUAUUUACAUGUAGAGUAGUUCAUUAUUUCAUUAUUAAUACAACUUUCAAAACAAUCAUGUAAAAAAUAAACACUUAAUUGAGCUGAAUAAAGAUU